UGGCGCGUCAACAUGCACGUCGCCUUGAGGUUUCUGAUGUGUCUGAUGGCGCUGAGCGUCGCCGCGUACGAGCCACCGCCGCUUGACGACGCCAUCGCGGCUGACGCCUGCAGCAACGCCACCGUAGGCUACCUCGCGUCCCUUCAAGUCGGGAGCUUUUCACGCAGCGCGUAUUUUGAUUGCUUUCGACGCCACGACGAUGUGUUUGCGUUCAUGUCGGCCAUGCUAGCGCGCGUGCCACACCUAACGUCGGCCAACGUGACGAUCGGCAAGACGCUGCAAGGACGGGACAUACCGGCCUAUACGUUUUCGCUGUCGCCGUCGCCGCCAAAGCAGCUCGUGUACAUCCAAGCGCUGCAGCACGCACGCGAGUGGAUCGCAACAACCUCGACGGUGUACGCCCUCGCGCGCCUCCUCGACGACGUUGUCGCUCAAAACAAAACGGUGCUAUCGCUCCUCGAAGCGUACGAGUGGUGCAUCGUCCCCAUCGUCAAUGUCGAUGGCUACGUGGCUACGUGGAACGGCGACCGAUACCACCGCAAAAACAUGCGUCCGUUCACGGUGCCCAACGCCUCAUCGCUCGCCUUUGGCGUCGAUCUCAACCGCAACUUUGGCCCGACCUCGUCGUUCAAGGCCGAGACAGAGGAGGACACGGAGGUGUACCCGGGCACUGCGCCGUAUAGCGAGCCCGAGACGCUGGCUAUUCAUACGUGGCUGCAAGCGCGCGAGCCAAAGAGCAUCGUUGGCGCGCUGGACGUGCACACUUACGGCGGCUGGGUCCUCUCUCCGUUCGGGCACCAGGAAGAUGAGCCGUCGCCACCGUACGGCAAUGCGCUUGCGACGCUUGCGAACGCGACGCGCCGCGCGAUGGGGCCCAUGUAUCUGAACCAGCGCUCGGUGCAGCUCUACCCGGUCUACGGCGGCUUUGGCGACUACAUGUACCUUCUCUACGGUGCGCCGGCGCUCAUUAUUGAGAUGGACGGCCACGACUUUCGCGCGCCAUCGUCGAUGAUCCGGCCGCGCGGCGACGAGCUCUACGCCGGCGUGCUCACGUACGUGCAGGCGCUGGCGACGUGGGUGAAUGACGCCAAGCCGACGCCAGCGCCGCCCAAUUCAUCGGUCGGACAAACGACGUCGCAUGCCACUUCGUGGCACCGCCCGAGCUGGCCGCUCGUCGGGUUCACGCUCGCCGCCGUCGGCUGGGGACCGAAUCGACUGGUGUUGUAAACCGAUCUAAAAUGUUAUUUAUUGCUGC